CCCCCCUUUUGCCGGCCGGCAUUUUACAAGCGUCUCGCGUUCUGCCACAUCCGUUCUCAGGUUUAAACUGUUCCCAAGGACAUUAAUCUAUCCAUCAUGACCAUCGACUUCUACUAUUUGCCCGGUUCAGCUCCUUGCAGGUCUGUUUUACUGACUGCAAAAGUGUUGGGGCUUGAUCUCAACUUGAAACUGACCAACUUGCAAGCCGGGGAACACCUUACACCGGAAUUUUUGAAGAUCAACCCCCAGCACACCAUCCCCACCAUAAACGACAACGGGUUCAGCCUGUGGGAAAGCAGAGCCAUCUGCACGUACCUAGUCAACGCCUAUGGCAAAGAUGACUCCCUCUAUCCCAAAGAACCCAAAGCACGUGCCUUAGUUGACCAGCGUCUCUAUUUCGACAUCGGCACCCUCUAUGCCCGUUUCGCCGACUACUACUACCCAUCCCUGUUCCAAGGGUUGCCCAAAGAACCCUCCAAGCUGGAACGAAUCGACGAAGGCAUGAAAUUCUUGGACGGGUUCCUCGAAGGACAAACCUACGUUGCUGGAAAGAACCUAACAGUUGCUGACUUAGCUAUUUUAGCUAGUAUAUCGACCUUUGAAGUUGUGGAGUAUGACCUUUCACCCUACAAGAACAUCGGUAAAUGGUACGCCAACUUGAAGAGUACCAUUCCUGGAUACAAAGAAGCCAAUGAAGAUGGGUGUAUUGCCUUCAAGGAAUUGAUCGAUAGCCUGCAGAAGAAGUAGAUUUUUGUGGGACACCUCGUAUAUUGCCUUAUGUACGUCUAAUAUUUACAGAAAAAAAAAAGAUGGUUUUGUCUUAAAUAUGCUUUUAAUAGGGGGUCACGUUUUGAUUUUGAUUGAUUAGAAGAGAGACUGUUUCCCAAUAUUUUUCGAAAAAAGUAUUAAUUUUUUAAUGAUUUUUGUAUUUUGUCAUAAUCACUGCUCUUGAUACUGUUACAAAUGUUGUGUAUACCAUAAAAAAAUUAAAUAAAGAUAUUUAAAAAACA